GGCCCUUUCCUGGCGGCGGCGGCGGCGGCGCGGCCCGCUCGGAGGAGGCCUCAGCACCGCCCGCGCCUCGGGGCCUGCCCGCCGACGGGCUCUGCGCUGCCCGCGGGGCGCCCGCCGCUCCCGGCCCCGGCCCGCCCGGCCUCCCGCCGCCAUGAAGCUCGUCAGGUUUCUCAUGAAGCUGAGCCACGAGACUGUGACCAUUGAGCUGAAGAACGGGACGCAGGUGCACGGAACUAUCACAGGAGUGGAUGUCAGUAUGAACACACAUCUCAAAGCAGUGAAAAUGACGCUGAAGAACAGAGAACCCGUGCAGCUGGAGACGCUCAGUAUUCGAGGGAAUAACAUCCGGUACUUCAUUCUGCCAGACAGUUUGCCUCUGGAUACUUUGCUAGUGGAUGUGGAACCAAAAGUCAAAUCCAAGAAAAGAGAAGCAGUUGCUGGAAGAGGCCGUGGCAGAGGCCGUGGGAGAGGCCGAGGUCGUGGAAGAGGAAGAGGGGGCCCAAGACGGUAACUUCUUACCACGCAACUGCUACCACAUUCUGGGCAAUUUUGGAUUUUUUUUUGUACAGGUCUUGUUUAUGGUAUCCAUUUUUAAUAAACAGAUAUGUGAAAA